CCCCUCUCUACUCCAAGACCUACCCAGAACAAUAUGAUUAAACACAUCCUAACUGUUGGUUUGUUGGCUUACAGCUGCCUGGCUGGCCCUCAGUUCCAGGGUGAUUCAAGUUUAGCUAAGAUACUGCAGGAACAGCGCUUCAACUCAGGAGAUGGAAAAUUUGGCUCUGCAUUUGCGCAGGAGGAUGGUCACGUGUUCAAGGAGGAAUCACAGGGAAAUAAUAACAGGAUUGGUCAGUACAGCUAUAUAGGAGAUGAUGGAAAGACCUAUACUGUAAAGUAUAGUGCAGGAGUAGAUGGGUUUAGGAUCCUAGAGGGAGAUCAUAUUCCAAGCGGAGGACAAACAUCAGCUGCUGCUGUCAUGGGAGAGAAUGGAGAGCUUAAAGAGUAUGAUUAUGAAUAUUAUGAUGAAGCUAAACCUGAUUCUCCCUUCGUUAAUCCUCAUGAUCCUACACAUAGACAGGAGUUCCUGUUAGCUGGUGACCUAGCCGGUCAUCUUGCUCAGAGAACUUUUACAACACCUGCUCCUCUUGUUCUUGGUGGAACUACUGAAGAACCUGUUCACAGAUUUUUCCCCCCUGGUCAGAUCAAGCUAGACAGAUUCCCUGAAGGAUUUAACUUCCAGUUCCAGUCACAGAAAUAGACAUUCCAGUCACAGAAAUAGACAUUCCAGUCACAGAAAUAGAUAUUCCAGUCACAGAAAUAGACAUUCCAGUCACAGAAAUAGACAUUCCAGUCACAGAAAUAUACAUUCCAGUCACAGAAGUAGACAUUUUCAGUCCCAAAAGUAAACAUUCAAGUCCCAGAAGUAAACAUUCCAGUCCCAGAAAUAGACAGUCCAGUCCCAGAAGUAAACAUUCCAGUCCCAGAAAUAGACAUUUUCAGUCCCAAAAGUAAACAUUCCAGUCCCAGAAGUAAACAUUUCAGUCCCAGAAAUAGACAGUUUCAGUCACAGAAAUAGACAGUUCCAGUCACAGUAAUAGACAUUCCAGUCACAGAAAUAGACAUUCCAGUCCCAGAAAUAGACAUUCCAGUCACAGAAAUAGACAGUUUCAGUCACAGAAAUAGACAGUUCCAGUCACAGAAAUAGACAUUCCAGUCACAGAAAUAGACAGUCCAAGCAAUAUUCAGUUCCAGUCCCAGAGGCUGAAUCAGACAGUCCUUGACCCUGUGUUUUUGCUGAAAAUUUAUUAUUUUCAAAUUUGUAUUUAUUAUUGAAUAACGACGGUGCAAUAAUGAUUA